AUGAUUUCAUCCAAACCUCCAAACGAAAGUACUUCAGCAUUAUCAUCCCAUGACACAACCAAAGAGUUACAAAAUAAGCAAGAACUGUUUGAUCUCAUUUGGCAAAAUAAGAAUCAAUAUUAUGAUCAUCUUGCACAUUCCAACGAUCGAAAGGGAAUGGAAGGGAAAAAUCCUUGCAUCAUUUCCGAGAGCAAACCUUCUUACUUUCUAAGCCUCGGAAUGGAUCCCUUUUCCAAUGAUGGCAAAGUCAUGACGUUUUACAAUCAAGUACAUUUCAACCCAACACAAUUUCCAACGACUGACGAGUUAGAUCAUAUCAAAAAUUACGCACGGGAAGCUCAUGUACCAUUGUUGGCCAGUAUUCCUUAUUAUACUGCUCCAAGUGUUGAACAGAGAUUAGAAGAGUUGUUCACGAAUGGAUUUUUCAUGAUGAAUAAGAGUCCUGGAAUGAUUUGUGAAUUGAAUGCAUGUGAGACUAGUCAUGGCGAAGCGAUAUUCCAUGAUUUACAAAUCGGUGAAUUGAAAAGAGAUGAAAACGAAACAAGUGAAAAUAAUAUUUUACUGAGGGAGUGGUGUAGUGUUUUAGUGAACUCUUUUGGAUUCAUGUCGAAAGAGUCCACCAUUGAACACUUUUAUCAUUUAUUUAGGAAUUGUAAAUAUGGGCCCAGCGAAAAUUUGAGAAUGUUCUAUGUGACACAUCAAGAAUCCCCUCAAGCUCAACCUGUCAUUAUUUCAGUUGCAUCUUUAUUUAUUGAACCCGAGAAACAAGUGUGUGGCUUGUAUAAUGUUGCCACCCUACCUAAUCCUCAAUUAAGGAGAAAAGGAGCAGCACGAGUCCUCUCACGAUAUGUGGUCCACGAAAUUGGAAAGAAACAACUAGGUCUCAAACAUUGCACAUUGCAAUCUACAAAGGCUGCCUAUAACUUGUACAAACAAUUAGGCUUUGUCCAUGUUGGUGAUUGGUCACAUGCUGUGUAUCCAGAUCAUGCACAUUGGUCGAUUCGAUUAUUGAUGAACAUUGUGCUCUUAAGACUUUUCAUGAAAUUGACAGGAGUUCGAGAUUUAACAGAAAAAUCUAAUUGGUACAAAUUAUUGGCUAUCACUGUUGUGUGGUUUUUGUUUCUGACCUUUCUUAUUUUCUUUUUGAGAUUUUAA